UCUCUCACACUGAGCACCACUGCCUCCAGCUCAUCCUCUUCCAGACUCAGCAGCAAAAUGCAGCAGCUGCAUCUUCUCUGCCUCAGUCUCCUGGUGCUGAGACUUAUCCUGGAUGUGCAGGGCGGGAACAAUGUCCUUGACUGCUGCCUGCGGACCAGGGAGACGCACAUCCCGGCGCGGAUUGUGCGGGAUUACCGGCUCCAGCUGGUGCAGGAUGGCUGCGACAUCCCGGCUGCUGUGUUCAUCACCACAAAGGGCAAGCGCCUCUGUGCCCCUCCCCAGGCCCCAUGGGUACUUCGUCUGCAAGCAAAGCUGAAAACCAGCUCUGCCAGGAGGGCCAAUCCCCAGGGCAAGUAGACUCUGAAGAAACCUGAGACCAGCCCCAGCACCUGUAGUGGAGCCAACUUCCAGCUGUGAAUCUGAAGCUUGUGGAUACCACCUACUUUCAACUCCAUCUGCAAGUGCUUUGGGCUGGGCAGAGCCCUGCCUGCUCUCUCUUCUUCCUUCUGUCUCUGGUGUGGCCCAACAGGCUGCAUCAGGCUGAACCAGGGGAUGCUGGACCAGAAACUUUCCUUCCUUUGCAGCCUGGAAAAUGGUUGAUGGAUUGUUCUGUGAGAAGAGUUUGGGGGGUCUCAGCUUUCUCUUUACUACAGCAGCUCUAGCACUUGUCUGAUCCUUUUGAUUUUCAUUGUCAAGCCCCAAGCUUAAGUCCUUCUGCAUCCCUGGGAAGGGCCUGCCAGGAGGGAAAAGUGUGAGGAUGGAGGAGAGGGCUGGAGAUGUUCCUCACUGGCCGUGCUCCACUGCUAAGCACAACCUAGAUGCCCUUGGGCAGAGCAUGGCCAAUGUGGUUCCUCUCUCACUCUCUGACUUCCCUGCACUGUUUUAUCUCCUGCCCUUCCUUGCACAACUAGAAGCAGAACUAUAGUAAUGUGGCAAUGGCAGAGCAGGCAGGGAUGUUGCCCUUGGCCCCUGCUUUCCUCAGGGACACUGUUUCCCUUCUUGGUCCC